GCCAGUUCUAAGCAGCACACUGGCUGAUAAGAACCUUCCAGCUGACUCUGCCCGUGACUGGCACCAUGAAGGACGAUGUGGCUCUUCUGGCUACCGUCACCCUCUUGGGAGUUCUGUUGCAAGCCUACUUCUCCCUGCAGGUGAUCUCUGCGCGCAGGGCUUUCCACGUGUCGCCGCCACUUACUUCUGGACCUCCCGAGUUCGAGCGCGUCUUCCGAGCCCAGGUGAACUGCAGCGAGUACUUCCCGCUGUUCCUCGCCACGCUCUGGGUCGCCGGCAUCUUUUUCCACGAAGGCGCCGCAGCCCUGUGCGGACUGGUCUACCUGUUCGCGCGCCUCCGCUACUUCCAGGGAUACGCGCGCUCGGCGCAGCUCAGGCUGGCUCCUUUGUACGCGAGCGCGCGCGCGCUCUGGCUGCUGGUGGCGAUGGCCGCGCUGGGUUUGCUCGUCCACUUCCUCCCCGGCACGGUACAGGCAGCGCUCUUCAGAAGACUUCAGGCCCUCCUGCAGAUGGCUUGAGGCGAAGGACCUCCGAGUCAGCGCAACUGGAGAGCAGGGGUGCCCGCUUCCUAAUCCCAGAUUCUAAUUAAAGUUCCCACGACUGUCCCGCCUA